AUGGACGACACAGAGAUAUCAGCUACAACUGUACCCGGGUUAAUUCCGCCGACGCCUGCGCUCUCACGCGCCAACUCGCCGCAGCAGUCGCCUCUUGAAGCAGGGCCAGUGACACCUGCUGCGCCAUCUCCCGUGGGUGGUAGUGGGACUGGAAACAACAUUACUGAGGAUAGUCCACUGGCUUCACCGUUCGCUUCGCUGCUCGAUCUAGCGCGCCAUUCCCACUGGGGUGCACUCUCCCAUGCAGCAUUCACAAUAGAGACUGUAUACGCUGUAUCCGCCCAAGAUGCACUGUGGGAAGGCGUUCAUGCAUUUGGGGCACUAGCUCAACUUAUGGCAGAGAGUGAAGUUCCAGUGGCGCUGAAUACUUUGGAUAGAUGCCCAGCACCUGCUUCACCGUCUGCGCAAAAAGCGGGGGCAAUCGAAGGGCUCCGCAUCGUUGCGCAUCACUACUCCGCCAGAUGCUACACAGACGCGCUCAAGGCAUUGUCUCAGUUGAAGAAAGAGAUGGAAGUGAAAGUGGAUGGCUAUGCACCACUCAUCAACGAGUCUACUACGCGCGUCUUUGCCGACGCGGUAGGAGCAUUGCAGGAUUCCACUUUCUCGAGAAUUUUGAACGUUUUGGCUAAAACUUGCUCAGCUCUGCCUUUGACCACGGUCGGUGAGAGUGUUGGAUGGUUUGUGGGGCAGAAAGAGCUCGUCGGUGUCCUCAAAAAACUCAACUGGCGCCUCAGCGACGAUGGCCUCGUCGUUUACCCCACUUAUCAGCCCACACAGUCAAGCGACCCUCUUAGCAUUCAAAACGUCGCCACUAGUGUCUUUUUACUCGAAUCUAACUAG